CGUGUCUAACCUCACUAUGGUAACCACCACAAAUGAUUUCCUCGCGAUAUGUGGGCUCCCCAGUAACCAAAUACAAAACGAGAGUUCAAUUCAAAGUGAACCGCGUUGGUUUGAAUGAUUGAAGAAUCUUAUUUGAACAAAACACAGGGCAGAAUGUAUUAAAAAGGCUGAAGUCGUUUUCAGAUUGCCAGCGGAAUAUUGUAUGUUCCUUUCUUUUGAGAUCUUCAGUUACAGUAAAUGAAGUUAAAGAUGCCUGCGGCACCUGUUCUUCAACCUGUCCUGAAAAUGAAAGUUGAUGAACUCUUUCUAAACUGGUUGAGUGAAACAACCACACAGUUGAUGCUCAAGGAUUACCUCAAACGGAUCAAGAAUGGAGAGAGGUUUGAAUGUGGUGAAGGGGAUUUGAAAGACAACAGGCUUUUAGUUUGUAGUGAAAAUAAGAACAAUUUCAGAUCGAAGCAGAAGGUGACUGAUAAAGCAGUCUCCUCUUUAAGUGCUCCUUCAAGUCCUCCCUCCCCCAUUACUAAAGCACUACCAUCUGGUAACACUGGCAGUCCGAGGGUGGGUCAUAAUAGAGCAGUACGACGAUCAAUAGGUUCUAAACUGGCUCAAGUAAAGAAAGAGGAACCCCUAACACCAGCACUAAGUGAAAGCAUUCCAAAAUUUUACUUCCCUCGAGGACGGCCUAAACCAAAUAUCAACAUUGACGCUCUAAUUUCCAGGAUAGAGAAAACUUUUUCACAAUUCCCAAAUGAAAGGGCUACUCUGGAAGACAUGGGGAAGGUAGCCAAAGCCUGUGAGUGCCCACUCUACUGGAAAGCUCCAUUGUUCUAUGCCGCUGGUGGGGACAGAACAGGAUUUGUGUCAGUUCACAAAUUCAUUGCAAUGUGGAGAAAAAAAAUACAGACCUGCCACGAUGAUGCAGCAAAGUUUGUCCACCUUUUGGCCAAACCAAGCUGUAAUUAUCUAGAACAAGAGGACUUGAUUCCAUUCCUUCAGGAUGUGGUAAAUACACAUGCUGGUCUCACAUUUCUAAGGGAGGCAUCAGACUUUCAUUCUCGUUAUAUUACCACAGUUAUUCAGAGGAUAUUUUAUAAUGUAAACAGAUCAUGGACUGGAAAAAUAACUUGUUCAGAUCUCAGAAAAAGCAGUUUCUUGCAGAAUGUGGCAUUGCUGGAAGAGGAGGAGGAUGUUAAUCAGCUUACUGAGUAUUUCUCUUAUGAGCAUUUCUAUGUCAUUUACUGCAAGUUUUGGGAGCUAGACGCAGACCACGACCUUUACAUUGAUCAGAAGGACUUGGCCAGGCACAAUGACCAUGCAUUAUCCCAUAAAAUGAUUGAAAGAAUAUUCUCUGGAGCAGUUACAAGAGGCAGAAAAGCUCAAAAGGAAAGAAAAAUGAGCUAUGCUGACUUUGUGUGGUUUCUAAUUUCUGAAGAGGACAAAAAGACAAACACAAGCAUAGAGUACUGGUUCCGGUGUAUGGAUCUUGAUGGAGAUGGAGUGCUGUCUAUGUAUGAGCUUGAAUAUUUCUAUGAGGAGCAAUGCCAAAAGCUGGAAAACAUGGCCAUAGAACCACUACCUUUUGAAGAUUGCCUCUGCCAAAUGCUGGACCUUGUUAAACCGGAAUGUGAAGGCAAGAUUACCCUCCAUGACCUGAAGAAGUGCAAGUUGUCGCAUAUAUUUUUUGAUACCUUUUUUAACAUUGAGAAGUAUUUGGACCAUGAGCAGAAAGAUCCAUUUUCAAGGGAUGAAGAGAAUGAAGGGCAAGAGAUUUCUGAUUGGGAGAGGUACGCUGCAGAGGAAUAUGAAAUCCUGGUAGCUGAAGAAGCAGCCAACGAACAGUUUGAUGGGUACAUGAGGUAGAACUCCCAGUACAUCAGGAAAUGGUUGGGAGUUCCAUGCUGCCUCAGCAGAGUGGGCCUCUAUGGUAAAGGAAUACUGCAGCUACCAGAGGAUUUGUGGCACUCUAUCUACAACCCGGUUUCUCAGAGACGUCGGAUUCAGUGGCCAAGAGUUGCGUCGCACAGUGAAGAACUUAUCUGAAGCAGCAACUGGCUGUGGUUGAGACGGAAAGAUUCUGGCUGGCACAAUAGAAAGAAAGAAACACUGAUGUACGGGUAAGUAAGCUGGGCUGAGUUGAGUGGGGAACGGAGGGGGGUGAUGCUGGGACGCCAGAAUCACCGUCGAGCCCUCUUGAAGUGUUGUGGGCUAGUCGACAAAACACCGAGGAUGGAAGGUGCCCGCUUGAAGACCCCAGAGAUGUACCCUACUUAGCUCAAUCCAGGCGGUUGUCAUGCUGAUGCGCUGGGGAGACCGCACUGUGGUUGAUCCCCGGAGCCAGCAUCGCAGCCAUUGUGUGUGCUGAUGCGCUAGGGAGGUAGUACAAGGCAUAGAAGUCAGUGAAACUUUAACACAUGUCAAACGGAACAAAACGUUUGUUUAAUAUAUCUGGCUUAUUCAUUGCUCCAUGAAGAAGGCGUAGCUGAUGACCAAAGCCUCAAAGGAAAUGAAGAAAAUAUGCCCAUUUGCAGUUACGAGUGUUAUGCCUAUUUACUUCUUGUAUAAUUAAUUUACAGGAACAGAACCUAUGAUUUUUUCAACAAUGUAGUUUAACACAUUGGCGUGUGCUAAAUUGGGGGUGAUGCUGGGACGCCAGAAUCACCGUCGAGCCCUCUUGAAGUGUUGUGGGCUAGUCGACAAAACACAGAGGAUGGAAGGUGCCCGCUUGAAGACCCCAGAGAUGUACCCUACUUAGCUCAAUCCAGGCGGUUGUCAUGCUGAUGCGCUGGGGAGACCGCACUGUGGUUGAUCCCCGGAGCCAGCAUCGCAGCCAUUGUGUGUGCUGAUGCGCUAGGGAGGUAGUACAAGGCAUAGAAGUCAGUGAAACUUUAACACAUGUCAAACGGAACAAAACGUUUGUUUAAUAUAUCUGGCUUAUUCAUUGCUCCAUGGAGAAGGCGUAGCUGAUGACCAAAGCCUCAGAGGAAAUGAAGAAAAUAUGCCCAUUUGCAGUUACGAGUGUUAUGCCUAUUUACUUCUUGUAUAAUUAAUUUACAGGAACAGAACCUAUGAUUUUUUCAACAAUGUAGUUUAACACAUUGGCGUGUGCUAAAUUGGGGGUGAUGCUGGGACGCCAGAAUCACCGUCGAGCCCUCUUGAAGUGUUGUGGGCUAGUCGACAAAACACAGAGGAUGGAAGGUGCCCGCUUGAAGACCCCAGAGAUGUACCCUACUUAGCUCAAUCCAGGCGGUUGUCAUGCUGAUGCGCUGGGGAGACCGCACUGUGGUUGAUCCCCGGAGCCAGCAUCGCAGCCAUUGUGUGUGCUGAUGCGCUAGGGAGGCUAUAAGCUGAUCCCUGGAGCCAGCAUUACACUUCAGCCAUCAACACCAGACAGAAGGAUAUCUACAUCAUCAUAUGGAAGGAAACGCAAAUGGAUGGAGACACAGAUGGAUCACAUUAGUUUACUGUAAAGCUACGUCUUAGUUGGUGCUUAUCUUGGCGAGAGCCGAGUUCAAAUCAGCAUGAAGUUUUAACAUCUACUCUUGUGUAAUGGAAAUCAUUUUAUAAUUUUU